AUGUCACGUUACGUCAAAGCCAGGUGGUCCUUCCCACCCCAAGCGCUCGUCUCCUCCUGUCGGGACGCCAGGCUGGACUACGUCUCCCAGAAGCCCCUGCGGCGUGGGCGCAAUCAAGGAGGGAGACUUGAAGGUGUGGCUACACCUGCCCGAGGCCACCACUUAGGUGGAGUCCAGCCGAGACCUGGAGCAGCAUGUUUCUUUCCUAGCUCUGAGACUCCUGAGGCCACAUCUGCCCUUUGUCCCGACCCCCUGGAGCCCUGCUUUCCUGGAAAUACGAAUGAGCUGCGAGGUCUCGCCCUGAACCCAGUGACCGAGGAGGCCGUAUUCUUCGACACAAGGCCAACCCUGUGGGCAGAGGCCGAAUCGCUGCUGGAACCCUGGGCCAACGUGACGCUGACAUGCCAGAGCCCCCUGUGGACCCUGGAGUUCCAGCUCCUCAAGGAUGGGGAGGCCCAGGAACUGGUGCACCUGGGUUCACCUGCCACCGAGUACAGGUUCCCGCUGGGAGCAGUGACCGGUGACACCCGGGGCCUCUACCGCUGCCGCUACAGCAUGGACAGUGGGAGGACCAGCCUGAGCAACCUCGUGGAGGUGACUGGAGCAGAGCCCCUGCCCCCACCCUUGCUCUCAACCAAGCCCGUGCCCUGGAUCACACCGGGCCUGAACACGACGCUGCUGUGCCUCGGGGGACUUCGCGGUGUGACCUUCCUGCUGAGGCGGGAAGGCGACGACCAGUUUCUGGAGGUGGCUGAGGCCCCAAAGGACACGCAGGCCACCUUCCCAGUCCACCGGGCUGGCAACUACAGCUGCAGCUACCGGACCCACGCAUCAGGCGCCCCCUCGGAGCCCAGUGCCACUGUGACCAUAGAGGAGCUGGCCACGCCGCCGCCACCCACGCUGACUCUGAAUAGCGGGUUCGCCGGGCUCCUGCGCCCCGGCUCGCGCGCGACUCUCGCCUGCGUGGCGCCCCUGAGCGGGGUGAACUUCCAGCUGCGGCGGGGCGAGGAGGUGCUGCAGGUACCCAUGGGCAGUACCAGCCCAGACCGCAUCUUCUUCCAGCUGAACACGCUGGCCCCGGGAGACGGCGGUGUCUACACGUGCCGCUACCGGCUGCGAGACGAGCUAGCGCCCUGGUCCUUGGACAGCGCGCCCGCCGAGCUGGUGCUGAGCGACGGGACGCUCCCGGCGCCGGAGCUGUCGGCCGAGCCCGCGACUCUGAGUCCCGAGCCGGGGACGCUGGUGCAGCUGCGGUGCCGGGCCCCCCGCGCCGGCGUGCGCUUCGCCCUGGUGCGCGAGGGCGCGGGCCAGCGCCGGGUGCACGGUCUCUUGAGCCCCGCGGGGACGGAGGCCCACUUUGAGCUGCGCGACGUCUCGGCGGUCGACUCGGCCAACUACAGCUGCGUCUACACGGACACUGCGCCGCCCUUGGCGGGCUCCGCGCCCAGCGCGCCCGUGGAGCUGCGCGUGGACGGACCCCUGCCCAGGCCGCGGCUCCGGCCCCUGUGGACGGGGGCCGUGACUCCGGGCCGCGACGCUGUCCUACGCUGCGAGGGCCACGUGCCCGACGUCUCCUUCCUGCUGCUACGGUCCGGCGAAGAGGAGCCCUCGGCGGUGGUCUGGGCCACCCACCCCUCCGCGGACCUCGUGCUGACCUACGUGGGGCCCCAACACGCCGGCAACUACAGCUGCAGCUACCGCUCCAACUGGGCCCACUCCCUGCUGUCCCAGCUCAGCGACCCGGUGGAGCUCCAAGUGGCAGGUGGAGCUCGGUUCCGUGGGCGCGUCGAGGCUCCCGGCCUUUGCCCGGAUUGUACCCUCCUACAGGAGUGCCCUUUCUCGCACCUCCUCCCAGCACUAACACUGGCCUAG